CUUAUAAGGGUUGAAUUGCCGAAGGUCACAGAUUUACUAAGUACACGUGGAGGUUUUCCAUUUCCGGUUUUGCGACGUCCCACCUCACCAGUCCUCCUGACAACAGUCAACCCACAGCACUUACACUGGCUCUCGGGACCCCUGAUGCUCUUCCUCUUUUGCCCUUUUACUCCUGCGUGGAUCACAGUCUCCUCUAACCUGCUUCUUUUGCACUUAGAUGGAGAGGCCCCUGGAGCUGGGCAACGUGACCAGAGUCCAGGAGUUUGUCUUGUUGGGUUUAUCCACAAGGCUGGGCAUAAGGAUUGUCCUGUUUGCCAUCUUCCUGGCCCUCUACCUGCUGACCCUCCUGGAGAACACGCUCAUCAUCUACCUCAUCUGCAGUCACAUCGAGCUCCACAAGCCCAUGUAUUUCUUCCUGGGCAACCUGAGCUGCCUGGAGAUGUGCUACGUGUCCGUGACCAUGCCCAGUCUGCUCGUGGGGCUGUGGACUGGACCUUACCAUAUCUCCUUCACAGCCUGCAUGACACAGCUUUUUUUAUUCAUAGCUCUCAUUAGUACCAAGUGCACCCUCCUGGCCUCCAUGGCCUAUGACCGCUACGUGGCCAUCUGCCGCCCACUCCACUACCCACUGCUCAUGAGGCCCCAGGUCUGCCUGGGCUUAGCCUUGUCCUCAUGGCUUGGGGGGCUGUUGGUCUCAGUGGCCAAGACAUCAUGCAUCGCCAGCCUGUCCUACUGUGGCCCCAAUGUCCUCAACCACUUCUUCUGUGACGUCUCCCCUCUGCUCAACCUGUCCUGCACCCACGUGGCCCUGACGGAGCUGGUGGACUUCAUCUCUGCUAUCGUCAUCUUCUGUGGGUCAUUGCUAGUGGCUCUGGCCUCCUAUGUGGCCAUCGGGAGGGCUGUGCUCCACAUGCCAUCAGCCGUCACCCGCUGCAGAGCCCUCUCCACCUGCGCCUCCCACCUGGUGGUGGUGGGCAUCUUCUAUGGGGUGGUCCUCUUCAUGUAUUCCCGCCCCCGCCUCAUCGGUUCCACAGACCUCAACAAGGUGCUGUCUGUCAUCUACACGGUGGUCACGCCCAUGUGCAGCCCUGUCAUCUACUGCCUGCGGAACAGGGAGGUCCAGGCAGUGCUGCAGAAAACCCUCCACUCACCCCGGGUCUCUUCAGCGACAACACACUUUGCCCACUCCUGA